AAAAAACAGUAAUGUCGAUGUCAAAUUCUGUAAGUUAGGUUACAUUACCAUUCUUUCAAAUUUUCUUAGAAAUAAAUAAAGUUCAUCAAAAAUUUUUACCUAAAUGAAAUAACCAAAAUGCUAAGUGCCUUAAGAAAUUCAUUAAGAGUCCCUGCAAUUAGCUUGGGAAGGUUGUUCCAAACGACAGCUCCGACAUCUUCGGACAAAUUUGAUCACAAAAGAAUCCCUCAAAACGAUGAAGGAGUGCAAGGGGAGAAAGUCGUAGAUCUAGAUUCUGUGUUGAAAUCGAAGCAAAAUCUAUUCCCAACCCUUGAAUCAGACAAUAUACUGUUUGACGGAGUUCCUUAUAAGGAUCUCCCUAUUUGUAAUAUUAGAGUAAGCCACAACAACACAAUAUUCACGCUGACGGAUGCUGCGGGGAAUGUUAAAGUAAUCAAAUCAUGUGGUAUCGAAGGCUUCAAGAACACAAAGAAGGGUACAAAUAUUGCAGCACAGACAACUGCCAUUAGUUUCGCUGCCAAAGCCAUUGACAGAGGCUUGAAGAAUAUCAGAGUGAAAGUCAGAGGAUUGGGACCAGGUAGAUUGGCUGCUGUCAAGGGCUUGCAAAUGGGUGGCCUACAAGUAAUAUCAAUUACAGAUAAUACACUUGUUUCCUGGAAUCCUCCUCGACCGAGAAAAGCAAGAAGAUUGUAAUAGUCAUAAUUUUAUUGUAAUUUAGUAAAUAAAUAAAUACUAUGUAGAAAAACA